AUGAGUAGAAAACUUUAUCUGCUGAUGGUAAGAAAUUGCUUGUUCGUGAAAUUGAAGAAGAUGCCAGUGUUCGUGAGGUGGCAUCGCGCUUUGGUGUUAGUAAAUCCUGCGUUUCAACGAUCCAUAGAAAAUGGAAGAGUACGGAAAUGGCAGAACGAAAAAAAGGAAGUGGCCGACCAUUUAGAGUUGGAGAACGUGUUUGUCGAACAUUAG